UUUUCAUAGAAUUUCUAGCAGCACAAUCUUGUGUAUAUUUUUUAUUGACUUUAGUUUUGUGGUAGUAGAAACUCUCCCAAAUGCAAAUUGGUAAUAUACUUGUUUAAAUAACAUAACAGGAAGUCGGCAACAGGACGAAGACAAGUUUCUGAAGUUUUUGGUUGCAUAUAAUAUUGAAAUAAAAAUGCUUAUACAAAUGAUUGGGGUAAGGACGUGUCACGAAAGUUAAUGAGAGUUCUAAAUAACUAAAGGAAGAAAACAUCUCACGGUGAUGUAAAUAAUCAAAAACCGUGGCUAAUCACAAUAAUACAAAGAAUUGUAGGUUAGUAUGGCUGUAAUAACCGCAUCGACAUGGCGCUAAUAAAGUUUUUCUCGACAUUACAUGUGAAUAUUACUUUUUGAAGUGUUUAUACACUGUAUGGUCGCCUUGUGAUAGAGCCUUCGCUUACAGUGCGGGAAGUCUUGGGUUCACAUCCUGGCCGACUCAUGCCAGAGUCUAUAAAAGUGUGAAUCUAUCCUUUCUGUUUAGCUUUAACAUUAGAAUAGGUUUUGUGAAUUUUGAUCCUGAUUUUAACAUUGUUAGAAGAGCCAUCUGAUUUAAGUUUUAUGAUCAGAGUCUGAAAAGCUUAAAUGACAAAAAAUAUCCUUGCUGUCUCAGCUGGAAAAUAGCAGGAAGGAUCGUGGAGAACAAGUUUUAAACAGCUGUCGUUUCUAAACAAGAUUUUGUGAAUUUUUGACGAGCAACUGAUCAAUCAAAUAUUUUUUAAAUAAUAAAAUAUCCACGUCAUAAAUGUAUAAAAUCUUCAGAAAUCUUCAGUGUGAUUUUCUUUGAUUUUUUUUAUUUUCUUCAGCUGCGAAACCCUCUUUUUUUGGCUUUUACUAUAUACUUUUACUAGAGUGUUUUUCGAUGGGUUCUUCUGAAGCGGUAGCAGUGAAAACAUAUUGUUAUUAUCAUUGAAAAUUGUUUACCGACUAAUAGCCUAGCGGUAGAGCGUUCGCUACCAGUGCGAAGGGUCGUCGGUCAAACUUCGGCCGAGUCAUGCAAGAGACUAUAAAAGUUAAAAUCUAUCCUUACUGUUUAGGCUUCAGCAUAAGAUUAGGAUAUCUUAAUGCGUUGUCCGGUUUUCUGUGCUUGCACGACUUUUGUAGUUCAAAUAAGAGCUUUAAAUGGACAAGGACCACCUUUGCAGGACCCUCGUUGAGAGCAGUACCAAUAAAAACUAAAGAGACUAUCCUGUGUAAACAAAUCUUAAUAACAAUAACAAUAGUAAUUUUUCAUUUUCAUUCCCUACAUUACAGCUGCAAGCAUUGGUAGUCGUAACGAUCGCCCUUAUUUUUUAAUUGUAAUGUCUUAAAUUUUCAUGUAUCUUUAAUCAGAUAUUUAAAAAAUUGCAGGCAUAAUCCAAUCGUGAAAUUUCUUUACAGAAUUAUAAUAGAAUGAAACAUGUAUGGGUUUGGAUCUUGCUGCAAUGUUUUAAAGUUGAUAAUGCACUAAUCGUACCCCUCGAUCCAGAGUCACAACAAGCAGUUGGUCUGGAGAGUGGAAAGAUACCAGACCGGCAAAUAUAUGCUAACAAAAACGUUGGCGUUUAUAAAGCACGACAUUGUCGUUUAAACAAUGAGUCUGCAUGGUGUAUUGAGAAUGACCCAAAAGCAUUAGAUGAAUACUUUUCUGAUCAACUUGCUAUAAGUGUUGAUUUUAUAUACAACCUUCAGAUAAAUGCUAUAGCCUUGCAAGGCUAUAAAACUUCUAGUUAUGGUAAUAAUAUUAUAAUUCGCUAUUUUCAUGGAGGAUCAAUGCAAUAUUACUCGGAGAAUGGUUUAAAGACGAUUACUGUGAAAAACUUUAAAGGUGAUAACUAUGAAUAUCGUGUACUAAACCCACCAAUACAUGCAUCAAAAUUACUUGUACAGCUACCAACCGGAGUGAAUACGAAAUGUCUACGCAUGGAAAUGUAUGGUAACUUACCUGGUAAAAUGCCUCAACGCAAAGAGUUUAACGAAUGCACUAAAACGAACCUUGGUCUUGUAACAAAAGAUUUGGGGAAAACAUUCUUUACGCAGACCCGAUUUCUUGCACAGCAAAUCUCAUUAAACGCAGAACAUUUACCAACCAAUAUGCCAUACGCGUGGUGUUUAAAAAAAGAUAAUAUAUCAUCGCCUUACGAAGACUGGGCUUCUGUCAACCUUAAAGCUAAACAUUUGAUAUAUGGUCUUCAUGUUGAUGGUUUUAGAGAUUUUUUUAAACCAAGUGACAAAUAUCUCCCAACAUUCUUUAAGCUCCAGUACAGUUUAGAUUCUAAGCUUUGGGCAGAUUAUGAAGGAGGAAAGGAAUUACAAAGUUUGAACUACAGUUUAUUCAGUGGAAAGAAAUUACUGUUUAAAGUUCCGCUUCUGGGACAAUAUGUUCGAAUCAGAAUGAAAAUUGAAAGACGUACCAUAACAUGCAUUAAACUUCAAGUGUAUGGUUGUCCAGCUAUAAAGGCACCAGCUCGCAUCUUCCAUUACAUGAUAUAUCAAGGUGAUUCCAGCUCGACGUACUCUUGGAAAGACACAAAAUACCCUCACAAUCCCACACUUAAAGAAAGAUUUUUAUCUCGUGAAACUGGCCUGCCUUACUGAUGGAGA